UCAAGAACGUCAUAACAAUAUAGUCUACUACUACACUUGACAUAAACAGACAAAGAGAACCGAGAGAGAGAAAUAGCAAUAUUCAAGAGGAGAUGGGGAAGUUCGAGGACUACAAGCCAGCAAUGGCCAUGAUCGGGAUUCAGAUGUGUUACGCAGGAGUGACUCUUUCUGCAAGAGCUACUAUGGUUAAUGGGUUAAGUCCUCGUGUUUUUAUCCUCUACAGGCAAGCCUUUGCGACCAUUUUCAUCUUCCCGUUUCUCUACUUCUCAAGGGGAAAACCGAAGAUAUCUUCACUGGAUCUCAAGAGCUUUUCUUUAAUUUUCUUGGUCUCGCUUGUAGGCAUUACAAUCAAUCAAAACCUGUAUCUUGAAGGUCUUUACUUAGCUUCAUCGGCAAUGGGAAGUGCCGUGGGUAACAUCAUCCCUGCGAUCACCUUCCUCAUCUCAUUUCUCGCAGGAUACGAGAAAGUGAAUCUCCGGGAUAAAAGAGGCCUAGCAAAGAUAGCAGGGACGAUCCUCUGUGUAGCAGGAGCGACUUCCAUGACCCUGCUUCGUGGACCUAAGAUUCUCAACUCAGAAUCUGCUUUACCAGUGGCCAAUGCAGUAUUAGGAGAUAUGAAAGAUCAGAACAAGUGGCUGUUUGGUUGUUUGUUCUUGUUCUCUAGCACUCUUUGCUGGUCCUUUUGGCUUACACUUCAGGUUCCAAUCUCUGCCUAUUACCCAGAUCACCUCUCUUUAUCAGCUUGGAUGUGUUUAUUCGGAACAAUACAAUGUGCAGUGGUCACUUUCUUCCUUGAAAAGGACCCGAACGCUUGGAUUCUCCAUUCAUACUCCGAGUUUGCAACCUGUCUUUACGCAGGAGUUGGGGCGUCAGCACUUUCGUUUACGGUCCAAGCUUGGGCUAUAUCAAAGAGAGGUCCUGUUUUCUCUGCGUUGUUUAAUCCUCUCUGCACAGUCAUCGUUACAAUCUUGGCUGCUCUGUUCUUCCAAGAAGAGAUUUACAUUGGAAGUUUAAUCGGAGGAUUAGGUGUAAUUAUGGGACUUUACAUUGUGCUUUGGGGUAAAGCAAAAGAUGUCAUGAUGAAUCAAGAACAAAGAGACAGUGAAAAUGACUCAGAAGUGAAGAUUCUUAACGAAGAUUUUUCAAACACAACUAACUGUAACAGAGAUCUUGAGGAUCCCCUUCUGUCAAAAUAGAUAUCAACUGAAGAAAUCAAAACACAGCAACCACUAAACAGUCUAAACUGAUUCAAG